UCGCUUAAAUUCAUUUUAUGGUAGUAUUUUGGUGCGAGCAUUUAAUAUUUUGUUGCAUUAUGUUGCAAUUUGGAUAAGUCGAGUUUAAUAUCUAUCAUUUUUCUACUGAUAAACUUAGAGCUUAAAAUAUGAAAAGAACAAAUGAUCGUAUGAUUUAGACAGACAGUGACUGUUUUCCCUCGAUUUUCGUCAUAGACCUAAAUAUGUGGAAACAAAUGGAAUGGCAGGAUUUUAUCAAUAUUGAAACAUUUUCGCUCAGACAGUUUCUUCUGGUGUUCCUCACCUCUACAUUAGUAAUUUGGUUUUUGCAAUUUCUAUGGAACAGGAGAACGCUCUACAAAGAAUCUUUUAAAUUGCCCGGUCCAUUUGCUCCACCCUUAAUAGGAUCUGCGCUCAAAUUUAGCGGAAAUUCUUAUGAUAUUUUUGUAUCAAUAUCUCAGCUAUUUAACCAGUACCCGAGACUAUUCAGGGUGUGGUUUGGAACCCGACUGUUCUAUGCUGUGUCGGAUCCGAAGUACUUUGAGAUUUUGAUGAAUAGUCCACAUGCUUUGAAAAAAGAAUAUUUAUACCGGAUGGCUGAACCCGUGGUGGGACAAGGACUUUUUACCGCACGAUCAGUUCCAUAUUGGAAAACGCAUCGAAAAGUAAUUGUGCCAACAUUCAACCAACAAAUCCUCAAUGGGUUUAUGGACGUUUUUACGGAACAGUCUGAUAUUCUGGCUGGUGUUUUGGAAAAGUACGCUGGUAAAGGAGAAGUCGAUGUUUUCAAGCUGAUUACUAGUUGUACUUUGGAUAUUAUAUGCGAAACAGCCAUGGGAGUUCAGAUAAAAGCUCAAUCCACCGAAAGCAGUUUUGCUGAACAGGCAGACAAAAUUUUAGAAAUCAUCACCAUAAGAAUUUUUAAUAUCUUCUAUCACUGGGACUCAUUGUUUAACCUCACGCCAUUAGGGCGAGAAUUUAAAGCGGCAGCUGAAGAGCUUCGUGGGUUUACAAAAAAGGUACUGGUCCAAAAAAAGGCGCUAAAAGAACGAAGGAAAACCCAUGAACUUACAGUAGAAGAUACUCCCAAGAGACGAGCCUUUCUUGAUUUGCUGUUGGACAUAAACGAUAGUGGAGACUUUAAGUUUACUGACGAGGAAAUAAUGAAUGAAACCCUCACUCUGAUGGUUGCAGGUUCGGACACGACAGCGGCCACCAACUGCUUCACGCUUACAAUGUUAGCAAUUCAUCAAGAUAUUCAGGAAAAAGUAUUAGCAGAGAUCCUGGAUGUUGUGGGACCAAACGCAAGUGUCGGAUUGGAUCAUUUGCCCCAUCUAAAAUAUUUGGAACGGGUGAUAAAGGAAACCAUGCGACUUUUUCCUCUCGGGGCGAUUCUAGUUCGAAAGGCCGAAGAAAACAUUGACAUUGGUGACCAUGUGAUUCUAAAGGACUGUUCGAUUGUGUUCGGAAUACUGAAUGUUCAUAGGAACGAAAAAUACUGGCCACAGCCCUAUAAAUUCGAUCCUGAUCGAUUUUUGCCGGAAAACGCAUCCGCAAUCCAACCGGGAUCUUAUAUACCGUUUUCAUAUGGACCCAGAAACUGUAUAGGCUUGAAAUAUGCAAUGAUGGCAAUGAAGACGCUUCUGGCGACAGUACUUCGAAAAUAUCGAGUAGUGACCUCUUACCAAGCGAUUGAUGAUAUAGAAGUGAAGAUUAAUUUGCUUUUGCGUCCUCGGGAUGGAUAUAAAGUAGCUUUUGAAUUACGUACUUGAUUAUUCAAAAUUUUUGGAAUUUAAUUAUAUACUAGAUGUUCUUAUGUCGAUUUCGAAAAUAAAUGGUUUUUAAGCACA